UCUACAGGCUUACAACGGCGCGGCGGGUGCCGAACGCGUCGAAGUCGCCGCAGCGAGGCAGAGUCGGCGACAUCGCGGCAGUCGCCGCAGCGACAUGUCGGUGAAUCGGACGCGACGCUGUUCGCACGUAUCAAACCGCGAGGUAUGGCAGCCUCAGGAAACGACUCGCACCCUGAUUGGACGGGGACGGACCAUGUGACCGUUUUCCAACCGGAGUUUCCACGACAGCUGGGAGCCGAGCAAGCGGCACAGGCGCGUCGGUUCUUUGAAAAUAAGAAGGAGUACCCUCACGUCGACGCCUCCAAAAAACCCCGUCUGGCAUGGGCGACAAGAGGAGUCCUACAAGGCCGAAGCGUCAACCGAAGCCCUCCUCCGACGAGGGGUACUGGGACUGUAGCGUGUGCACGUACAAGAACACAGCGGAGGCUUUCAAGUGCAUGAUGUGCGAUGUCAGGAAAGGGACGUCGACAAGGAAGCCUCGUCCUGUCUCCCAGCUGGUCUCCCAGCAGCAGGUAACGCAGCAGUUUGCUUCUCCCACGCAGCCCAAGAAAGAGAAGAAGGAGAGAGUGGAGCGAGAGAAGGGCGAGCGAGAGCCGGCGCUGAAGAAGAACAGUCACAAGAAGAUGAGGCCGAGGUUAAAAAACAUCGACCGGAGCAGCGCCCAGCACCUGGAGGUGACGGUGGGCGACCUGACAGUCAUCAUAACAGACUUUAAGGAGAAGGCCAAGCCCUCCGCCACCUCGGCCAUGUCCUCCAGCGCCACUUCAGCGGCCGACCACCACAGCCAAAACGGCUCCGGCUCGGAAAACACAGAGAAAGGGCUCUCCCGCUCCUCCUCACCUCGAGGGGAAGGCACCUCCAUUAACGGAGAAUCCCACUGAACGCACCUCUUAAAACACAAACAACCCCCCCUUCACCUCGCAUCCUCUAUGUUUUCCUGUUCCAUCUGCAGCCUCCCAUCUCUGGACCACCGGAGGAACCUCUGCACCCUACUUUAGAGCUGCACAAUUACUGGCAAAAUAUCAUUUUAGGAUUCUUUUUUUCUUGGCAAUGUGAAUCGCAAUCCAUGCUCAGGCAGCGGAAAUUGAGUGGCUAAUCCUUUAGAUUUGGGCAUUUUGAAUCAAGUGAAAGAUUCAAAGGUCAGGUUGAAUCAAAUUAAAGAUCAACUUUAUUUUGGCAAGACAGGGAUUCUUCAUAGAACCAGCAUACCCGAAUUAGAAAUGCGAUCAAUAACAUACUCAACCUGAGAAAAAAUUAAAAAUAAUUUCUUUAAUGAUUUUUUUUUUGUGGCGUUUUGAUUUUGGAUAUUUUUUGGGGGGGAUGAAUUGUGCAGUCCUAUCCAGUCUAGCAUCAGCAGCAGUCACUUGGGGUUUGGCAAAGUGACUUAUUCCUUCUCAAUACGCAGACAAGUUCCAACAACCUCACACCCGCCCCCCCAACCCCUCCUGACAUCCCGCACUGUAAUACGAAUCUCCUCGAGCUCCAAUUUGGGAUCUUUACGUCCCAGAUAUCCUCCAGAAAUGCCUGUUGCCACAUUCCCAACGUCCAUACACUGAACUUUAAUCUGCCAAACAUCUCCAACCCCUCAGCGUACCUCUACCCCCGUUUUCAAAACACUAGACUGGCUCGGCUCUGGGAACCAGAACGUCAUCGGAAGCCCCUUGCACCCUGACCCACCCACCCCACUGCAUUGGUGCAGUACCCAUACUGACACCUUUCAACGUGUUUUCACAUAAUAGUAUGCACAGGGCUUGGUUUGGUACAGGUACACUAAAAGUGUAAGGCACCUAAACAUUUAAAAGUGGGAAGCAUCCUGUUUUUAAGGGGCAAUUCCAGGGAUGUGGUGACAGGACACUUAACUGCUGUGUAUUCCAGUGGGAAAACCAAGGAUACUGAUAGUGUACCGUACCUGGGAUGGGACACAGUAUGGGUACAUCACCGUGCAUGUACAUUUGAAAGAUCUAUAUUUGUCUCGGAGGAAAACGUUUUGACCUCCGGACAUGUGCAUUUGGUAGCUGUAUAGGUAAUAGCUUGCAAUAUGAUGGACUUCAGAAACUGUUCAAGUUCCCUCCGACAAAAUGUGUUGUCCGUGGGGAGGCGGCUAUAGAUUACUCUAUAUUCUGAACUCCAGUUUUGGUUAGUUGUCUCGCAGAGCCAACUUUAGAUAAGUGGAACUAAACAGUGAAUUGUAUGAUAACAACCUGUAAAAUGAUACACGGUUAUAAAAAAAAAAACAACACAGCAUAUUUCUCAAUCUAUUGUACAACUUUGUUUUAAUGUGCUUGUACUAUACAUCAGAGCAGUGUUAUUGUCAAGAAUUUUACUUAAUAACAGUUUUAGGAAAGUUUCUGAGAACUAUCGCAGCAUGAUGAUAUAUGGUCCUGAUGUAUACAUAUUUGUGAGACAGCCUCUUGUCUCUUAGUUUGUAUGUAUCAUUUAAUGUGCUAGGGAGACAUAUUCUCAUGGGUUCACUGCACUAGCUGGGACUAGCUGUGUGAGCCCCUGAGAAAUAUUCUGAGAAACAUUUGUUAUCAGAUGUGUCAAAAAUGGAGAGAGUUUUUUUUUCAUUGAAAAUGCAUCACAGCCACUUGUUGAUACAGCAUCUUUUGUUUUGCUUUGCUGUGUUUUCUUGUUUUGAAAUGUGUUGAAUGGUUUAUUACAUGUCUGAAUAACAGAAUAACAAAAUAAUGAAA